AUUUACGACAGUGUCAUGGCAGCGUACGGGGUUAGUUUCGAGAGCUCCAGCAGUAUCGAAGAAAAGAAAGAAAAUAAGAGACAGGCGCGACAAGAGGCGCUCGAAAAGGCAAAGCAGAAGUAUGAAAAGGAAGAGAGGAAGAGGGAGCUGAAGAGGCUGAGAGGAGAGGACACUUGGAUUCUCCCUGAUGUUGAGCAGAAACUGCAGCAGAUGGAGGAAGAAGGAUCUGUGAAGAAAAAAAAGAAGAAAGACAAAAAACUCAAAAAGAAAAAGGAGAAGAAGAAGAAAGUCAAGAAGGAGAAGACAACAGAAGUGGAAGAUGGCUCCAGUGACAGCUCACAGGACUCGGGGGAUGAGUGGGUUGAGGCUCAGACGAAACCUGUGAAAGCCUGGAAAGUUCCGGAACAAUCUAAAACUUCGGAGGGCAGCUCCAGCCCAGCCCAGAAUGUCCAGAGGGAUGAAUGGAUGACUUUUGAUUUCCUGGCUAUGAAAACCACGUCCACUUCAGAGAGACGAGCAGAGAAGGAUCGACAGAAGGAGGCAGAGAGAGAGAAGGCUCAGGCUAUUGAACAGGCUGGUUUGCACAAACUGGAGCUCAACCCUUAUUGGAAAGACGGAGGAUCUGGUUUGCCCCCAGAGGAAACUGCUCAAACUGCAGCAAAAAAAGGUCCUGUGGUGAAUGAUGGUGGUCUGAGCUGGCUGAGAAAAAGUUAUCAGAGGAUGAAGGAGCAGGCCGAGAGAGAGCAGCGCAGCCUCAGCGAGGUUGUAGCAGCAAGAUACGGGUCAAUGGAUGAAUUUCAGAAGAGACUUGCGGAUGCUGAGGAAGCAGUUUAUGGUCGGAGUAGAGGAGACAGAGAGCAUUCAAGGAAACGAGACGAAGAGGGCAGGGAGAGAUGGAGGGGUAGAGAUGAGGAUUGGCAAGGUCGAGAACGGUGGAGGAAAGAUGAAAGAGACCCCUCGCCUCGAGACGCUGAGAGGUACUCAGGAGUGGAGAAGGAGCGGCAUCGCAGAAGAGAGGAGUAUAGAGACAGAGACAGGUACAGAGAAAAAGACAGAAACAGGGACAGAGAGAGGGAUGGAGGAAAAGAUGGUGAAAAUGAAAGGAACAGAGAGCAAGAAAGGGAUCGGUACAGGGAUAAAGACAAGGAAAAAGAUAAGUUCAGUGCAGCAGCAUCCUCGUCUUCUGGACAGAGCUGGAGUCAACAGUCCCGCUCCCUCGGCUCACUGAAAGGCCGUUUCCUCAAACCCUCAGAUGACGAUGACAGCUCUGCAGCGCCUCAGCGUCCUGCUCCAGCUCAGCCGUCCACAAGAUUCCUGAAACCCAGCUCUGAUGACGAGGACCCAGCCCUGAAGAGAAGUAGCAAUCAAGCCUGGAAGAAAGGCAGCAUUUCUGCCCAUGAGCUCGACCGCUCAGAGAAAGUGUCAGAGGAAAGGCAGAGAUCGGCAGAGCCUACUGUAACUGCUCCUCAAGAAGCUGCACCAUCGAGGACUGAGAUUGAAAGUGAGACAGAGGAGGAGGAAGAGGAUAUUCCAUUGCUGUCUGAAGAGGAGAUGAACAAACUAGGGUCGAAGCUGAUAAAGGCAGAGAUGAUGGGAAAUACKGCCAUGGCAGAGAAACUGAAAUCUCAGCUGGAGGCAGCUCAGAAAGCCAAAGAGAACCACUCUGCGAAAAUUAAGAAGCAUGAAACGGGUCGAUCAGAUAAGGUUACUAGUCACUCCAGUGAAGAUCAUGAGGUCUUGCUCUUCAGAACGGAUCAGUCAGGUCGGGCUUGGCCAGUCAAGGGUCCCUCAGGACCUCAGGAGCCCCACGGAGGUCGACGGAAGAAGAAACCGAUUGAGACCCACGCUGACGGGCAGCGUGUGCGUUACUUCCAGGACGAUGAUAACAUCGGUCUGCAGGAGAUGGUGAGGAGAGAGAAGAUGAGCUCUGCCCAAGAUCAGAACGCCCUUUACUCACGUAUGGCUUCAAAGAUGAUGGGAAAGACAGACGGCGACAACUACACACUGGAUGACAUGUUUGUGUCAAGUGCAGCUCAACGGGAAGGCGAGGGCCGAGAGGAGGAGAGGAUGAGGAACAGAGCCGUCGCAGAGAGUCGGACACUGGCUUCCUCCAUGGACAGAUGCCAGCACUGUUUCAGCAGCCAGGGCCUUCAGAAGCAUCUUAUAGUGGCCAUAGGCAGCAAAGUAUAUUUGAGCUUGCCCGCAGGCCUGUCGAUGACCGAGGGCCACUGUCUCAUCUGCCCUCUUCAGCAUCACUGCUCAGGCACUAGUUUGGAUGAGGACAUCUGGUCAGAAAUGAAGCUCUUCCGACGUGCUUUGGUUCAGAUGUUUGAGUCUCAGGAACUGGACUGCGUGUUUAUGGAGACGCACAUGAACCUGCGCAGAAGGCAACACAUGGUCCUUGAGUGUAUUCCCCUACCACGAGAGCUGGGUGACAUGGCGCCUAUAUACUUUAAGAAAGCUAUCAUGGAGUGUGAUGAGGAAUGGGCCAUGAACAAGAAGAUUGUUGACCUUUCUUCAAAAGACAUCCGACAAUCUGUCCCUCGAGGUCUGCCAUAUUUUGCUGUGGACUUUGGACUGCAGGGAGGGUUCGCUCAUGUUAUUGAAAAUGAACAGAAGUUUCCUCAUUACUUCGGCAAGGAAGUGGUUGGAGGAAUGAUGGACUUAGAGCCACGGCGCUGGAGAAAGCUAAUAAGAGAAAAUUUUGAUGAUCAGAGGAAAAAAGUCCUUCACUUCGCACAGUGGUGGAAGCCAUAUGACUGUACUAAGACUGAGGGUUGACAGGAAACAGAGUUAUGGCCUGUGCUGAGCUUUAAGAUGUGCAAACUGUGCUGUUUGCAGAGGAACAUGUUGACAUAGAUUUACCUACAAUUUCAGAUUUUUGUUUAAAUUCUUUUUGUUCCAUAAAGAAUCUGUAAAUGAUAUAACAUUUUUGCUGAAAUAAAAAAGAACAAUUGUUUUUUUAAGUUUGUUUUAUGAAUUUGUGACAGCACCAGCCUAGACAUGAACAUGUUGAACUUGGAGCUUUUUUGUGCAAUUUUCACCCAAUUUUCAGUCCUUUUUGCUGAUACUGCUCCUCCCUGCUCCCUAGUUUAAAAUGUAACUUCUUUCCUUUGUGGCCUCCUGACACUUUGCAGCUGUUGCUUAAUUCUCGGAGGUUUCUGUGUCAUCGCAGGCGCAUUUACAAGWAUGCACAUGUGCGUCUCAAUCCUCACCCAUUGGUCCCCUUGAGCAGAAGCGAUGCCCUGUCGAGCGAACUCGUCCUUUUAUUUCCCUUUUCAGUGAGGGUUCUUGGCCCUUCGAUUAGAUCAGCACUUCAGAGGCUCACCUUAUUUUUCAGGUUGCAUCUCAGACACCAUGUGAUGAUCAAAUCAGCUAGCUUGUACUCAAAGCAAAAGAGUCAUUGAAAUCUAAAAUGUGCUUUUUACUGCAAUAUGUACAAGUUUCAGGAAUAUAUACUUGUAUUUGCUGCUUUUUAUAAUCACUCCUCUUCCACACCUGUAUAAGAACGAUUAUCACAGACUUUUUUUCUCAAUGCAAAAGGAAUUAAAUAUUUCUAGUCCCCAAGGUAAUCUGUGUUCAAAGUGCAAAGCAUAGUGUAGCUGUUGGCAGAAAAAAAACAUGAGAUAUAAGGUAGUGUUAACUCUAGCAUCAUAUGCAAUUUGCUGCUCUUUAACCCUAUUUGUUCCUUCAAAACCAUCAUUUSAGACAAUAUUAUAGGUUAUUUAUAAUCACACGAGUGCUGCAGAGGCACAGGUUCAUGGGUAAUGGCAGCCAAGUGGCGUGAAGUGAUGUAUAGUUAUGGCCAAUUAGAUUGGCUUGUGGGGCAGAUUUAUGGUCGAGUUAGCUGUUUGUUUUUCCCUGUCCGCCUCUUUCACGCACACACUCAUGUCCCUUCUACUGUCAGCCCUGGCAAUAAGCUGUUGAAGUGAGUUUAAUUUAAACGUUUCUCUCUUUGCAUUCUGCCAUUUUUUUAAUGUUUAGGUCUUCCUGCAUCAGUAUAGUGAUGUGAUGUGUAUCUUAAAGAAAGACUAUAUCUUGUCCUUACAUUUCUCAACAUUCCUUCCAACAUCUCUUGCCACAUCAGUCGCAAAUCUUUACAGCCACUUGGGUUUGGCUAAAUGGUUUGUAUCAAAGGAGAUUCUUGUUUUAGAACUUUAAAACGUACUUAUGGUUUUAUUGUUAUGUGCGUUUACAGGCUUGACCUUUUUUUCUUUUUAAUGUUCUGUGAAAUAUGAGCCGUUUCCUGAAGAAUUCCAGCUCUUUACAUGUAAAUGCAGUGUUAGAUCAACGGUGAGGAUUUAAAACUGUUAGCAAAAUUUUUUUUUAAUUUCAUCUCAUGUGCACUUGAACAAACCCAUUUAUUGCACGAGGCAUUAUUACCUGAUACGCAAAUACUACAAAAUGCUUAAUAAAUCAUGAUUAGAGUUGA